AUGGAAGCUUCAACUCCAUUCUCAAGCAUACCUAAUGAAAUCAUUCGGCAUAUACUUUUGCAGUUGCCAAUGAAGGCGGUAAUCCGGUGCCAGUGUGUAUGUAAACAAUGGCGUUCGUUAAUAGACGACUUAGAUUUCAAGCUCUCGUAUUCUGGAAAACGACGAGUGAUAAUCCUCUCGCUCGAUUCCAAAAGCCAGGAUUAUAGUUGGAAUUCCAGAUUCUUAGUUAGAUCCACAAGCCAUGAUUCUCGUCUUCAAAGGCAUAAAUUGCCGUUCGGAGAGGUGGCUUAUCCAUUGAUUUGUGCAAGCGACGAAUACCGUGUUAGAUCUUUGUGUUCAUGCAAUGGGUUUGUGCUCCUGUUAGCUGAGAGAGAUAUUUUGCUGUGGAACCCGUUCACCAGGUAUUUGACGAAAGUGCUCAAAGUGCCAUAUCCAAAGGAGUUAAAUUCGGUUAUCCUUGGAGGGCUAUGCUACGACUCCUCCACUAGGGAUUACAAGGCCGUCUUAUCAAUUCGCCCCCUAAUAGAGCCGGGUCUUCAAUUUGGCUAUCCAUUUGUCAUCUCUGCAAGCCUCAGCCACAAAGAGUGGCGACGAGUGCAGUUCCCUUAUAACUUGGAUUCCGCUAAAGGCGGCGUGGAGUUUCGCAAUAACACAUUUCACUGCACAUUUCACUGGUGGGCAAGUGACAUCAAAGAUUGGGAAUGGAAAAUGGAUUACUUCUCGGGAGGCAAUAGGAAUAGGAUCGUAUAUUUUGAUCCUGUGUGCGAUGAAUUCAUAAUCUUGCCCACUCCCGAACUGAGACAAAAUUUCCCCAUAGUCGGGUUGGGGGUUAUAAAUGACUGUUUAUCCAUGGCAUGCAUGAUUCACAAACAGAAAAAUUCAAACCCCAUAAUGAUGCAAGUAUUAAUUAUGAAGGAAUAUGGCAUACAAGAAUCAUGGAUGACUGCAUUUGCUAUCCAAAUUAAUUCUCAAUAUCCAUAUACUAUUGCGAGUUAUGGCUUAACAUUCUAUUCUCAGAAAAACAAUGCACAAGAAGUAUUAUUCCUGCAUCCUAUGAAUUGGUUCUUGGGGAAAGUCUAUGUUUAUGAUCGAAAAAAAGAUGAAAUGAGGGAAGUGCGGUUGGAUUUCCCAAAUAACGAUAUAUGCUGUGUUAGUAUGUGUUUCUAUGUUGAGAGUCUUGCUUCCUUGCCCCUACAGCCACAUAUGAUUAAUUAA